AAAACAAAAGCAACAAACAACAACAACAAAAAGCAUGUGAACAACAAAAACAGCACAGUUUAAUGCUCGAAAAAGAAUUUACGUGGCAGUUGAUUUCGUCGCAGUUGAGAUGCCAAUUGAUUUUGAUUUUUGCAAAUUUUAACAAGACAUUUAUAUGAUUUGAUAUCUCGACGAAAGGAGGAAUUCGCAUACAAAUUACACCAGAGCAGAAAAUUUUGUGCUGAAAUUCAGUGGACCGCCACCGCACUGGUCCGCACGGGGACGGGGCAAGGUCAUAUCGAUUGUCAGCAGCUGCUGUCAUUGCCACACACACACACACACACACAGACUACACACCAGUCGCUCAGCAUGGCUAGCCUGCUGCACAAGCCAGGGAGGUGCUUGCACCAUAUGCUUAUAAUAUAUGGACUAAUAUUUGUAUCCAGUGCAACGACACUUGACCUCCCCCCGUUGCCGGAUUUGUGUGACUCAAUUAAAUGUCCGCCCGAGUCGGAGAUGCAGUGCCCGGCGGAUAGUUCUGUACGCGAGACACUAAAUGCCGUGGUCCUCAUCCCCAAAGGAGCAGGAGCAGUAGCAGAAGUUGGGGCCGCAGCGGCAGCCGUAAACGCUGUAACCGCAGCGGAGUCGCAAAUGUCGUACAACAUGAGCCUCAUCCAGGACGAGGCCUACGCUCAGUGCUGUCUGUCGAAGAAGUGUGUGUGCCGGACGUGCUACAUACCCGACUGCAACUCGGCUGAGGGGGAGGUGGUGGUGGAGGUGCUGCCAGAGGCGAUGGACACGCCGGGCCAGUGCUGCGGGGAGUACCAGUGCCGGAAGGAGCCCAACUGCACGGAGGUGCGGGAGACGGACUUCUAUUGGCUGCAGCAGUGCCAGCGCUGCCAGUGCACCUCGGGGGCGCGCAUCUGUCGCCAGAGCUGCGACGAGGUCGAAUCGAAUGCCAUUUGUGAGUCGAAGAACCUCAACGAGUACUUCAAGGACGGCGACACCUGGAAGGACGAGUGCCUCGAGUGCGAGUGCGUCCGUGGGGAGCAGAAGUGCACAAUAUCCUCCUGUGGGAAUGUGGACUGCCCCAGUGAGCGGCAUGUCUUCCUCAAGGACACCUGUUGUCCGGUGUGCUGGCCCGAGGGACAUCCCAUGCCACAUGAAAAGCAAAAGUACGAUGGGAAUUCCGAUUACAAGGAGGAGGAUUCCACUGAGGAAAUAGACCAGCCUCUUCCCCCACUCCUCCCCGAGACCACACAACGGACCACAAGUUCGGUUAGUGCGGAGCUUCUGGCCACCACCACAACGACAACGACAACAACAACAUCAACAACAACCACAGCAGCUCCAUCAUCCACAUCCACCUCCUCAGGGCAGCAGCAGCAGCAGCAGCAGCGGCAGCCGCCAGGUUGCCUGUGCUCGUACGAGCUGGAGCCCAAAAUGGUGGAGGUUGUCAGCGAUAAUGAUGACUUCUACUACUUGCUGGUGGCCUUCAUUGCGGUGUGCUUCAUCUGCCUGGCGCUCGUCUGUUACAUUCUGCAUUUGCGUGCCAAGAAACGUUCCUACGAUCCGGUCUCCAUUCUGGAUCAUAGCAUCUAAACGAACAGAGAACUAAACUAAACUUAACUUUAUUUUCGUGCCUACUUUUAUUUGUUUGUGCGCUUUCGUUUGUUUAUAAGGAGAGCACUUCUUUGGUCGGACAUACUCUAAUUUAUUUCUUUGUCAAAAAAGGAAUACCAAGUAGCCCCAGGGGCUAUCCAUCCGCUUGGGGGAGCAUCGAAUCGAACGAUGAAGUGGAGUGGGAAACCCCUUUUCUUUGUUUAUUUGGUAUUGAUCUCAUUUUAAAUUUUUCCCUUUUUUUAUUUUCAAAAUUUUGCAAACAAAAACAAAACAAACAAAAAAGCUGAAACGCAACGAAACUUCCGCAGUAACAAAAAUCAAAAAAGUAUUCUUAUGAAAUUAAAAACAAAAACAAAAAACAAAAACAAAAA